UCAACACUUGUUUUUCUGGUACCUUUUGGGUCGAAUGUCCUGCUGAAAUUGUUGUACAUUCCGUCUCUAACUGGCCUUUACAUUUUAACACCAUUACUUGCUAACUUACACCCUUUUCCAAGGUGAAUCCAGUUGCUGGUCUGCAGGGACACCUGGUGUCCCCCCUCCCUGGGAGUGUUGCGCAACAGGCAUAGGAAGGUCGUGGGCAGUUUUUUUUGAGCCUUGGCCGGGCGCCCUCAAGGAAGCUGAAACGCAAGUAGGUUUGGUCCCCAAGCUGUCCCUGGUUCCACCGCCGUUACCAGUUGGGUGACAGGGCGCCCCAGCAGCUUCCCUUCAGUCUUGGUGUCCUUCGGGCAUCAGGCAACUUCCCGGAGCUGGAGCUCGGUUUUCGCCCUUUGACCAUACUCGGGGAAUUUUACAAUCUGGGGAGACGUGGGGAAUUCCGCAGCCUACAUUGGGCGGCGCCUCACAUGGCAGGCAGCGUGGAGGAAACGCGCCUCACAUGGCAGGCAGCGUGGAGGAAACGCUCUGGGGCUCUGCGGGCAGUUCCCAAGAAGGCGGCCACCUCUUGAUGCAUGCAAUGCUAGCGUGCAAUUUCUCGUCUGAUCGCGAGCAUUUCUUAAUUUGGUUUUCCCGAGAGUGUCCGAAGAGAGGCCACUGUAUAGUGGGAAGAGCCGGUGGGUGCCCGGCGUGUUGGAGAGACCAAGUAAAGUUACCUACGUAGACAAUCUGGACAAGACCUACUACCAUACAACAAAGGAGGAAACUUGUGGAACUUCUGCACUGGGAAGAACUCUGAAAGAAAUGGAGAAAGCCCUCAGAAAUGAAGUUGGUGACCUGGCGGCUCUCUGUUGAGCACUAUACUACUGUUCCUUAGGAUGGCACUGUGCCAGACGUCUGCCGAGGUCAUUCUUCAGGUGGAAGAGGCACUUGAUGAAGAAGAAAAGGAGAUGCUGUUGUUUUUGUGUCUGGAUAUUACUGCAGAUGUAGUUCCACCUACAGUCAGGGACCUUCUGGAUAUUUUAUGUGAGAGAGGGCAGCUGUCUGUGGUGCAGUUGGCCGAGCUGCUCUACAGAGUGAGGCGGUUUGACCUGCUCAAGCGGAUUUUGAAGAUGGACAGAAUAGCCGUGGAGGCUCACCUGCGCAGCCAUCCUCACCUUGUUUCGGACUAUAGGGUGCUGAUGGUGGAGAUUGGUGAGAAUUUGGAUAAAAAAGAUGUAUCAGCACUGAUUUUCCUCAUGAGGGAUUACACAGGCCGAGGCAAGGUCUCCAAGGAUAAGAGUUUCUUGGAUCUGGUGGUUGAUUUGGAGAAACUGAAUUUGAUUGCUCCAGAUCAACUGGAUUUAUUAGAAGAAUGUCUAAAGAACAUCCACAGAAUAGACCUGAAGACAAAAAUCCAGAAGUACAAGCAGUCUGCUCAAGGAGCUAUGAAAGGAGCAGGAACAAGUUGUGUGAAUUCUCUCCACACCUCUCUCCCAAACUUGAGUCUCAAAGAUCCUUCAUAUAGCAUAAGGCUCCAGAAUGGGAGAAGUAAAGGACAAAGACUUUGGCCACUCCUUCAAAGAGAACCAGUAAAGACAUCCAUUCAGGAAUCAGGAGCUUUUUUCCUUCAGCACAUCUCUGAAGAGAUAUACAAGAUGCAGAGCAAGCCCCUUGGAAUCUGCUUGAUAAUCGAUUGCAUUGGCAAUGACACAGAAGUUCUUCGACACACCUUCACUUCCCUGGGCUAUGAAGUCCAAAAUUUUUUGCAUCUUCGUGUGAAAGACAUAAGCCAUAUUCUUCACCAAGUUGCCAAUCUGCCCCGACACCGACACCAUGACAGCUUUGUGUGUGUCCUGGUGAGCCGAGGAGGCUCCCAAAGUGUGUUUGGCGUGGAUGAGACUCACUCAGGGUUAUCCUUGCAUCAUAUCAGGAGGAUAUUCAUGGGGGACAAAUGUCCUUCCCUCAUAGGGAAACCAAAGCUCUUUUUUAUUCAGAACUAUGUGGUGUCUGAGGGCCAGAAGGAAGACAGCAGCCUGCUGGAGGUCGAUAGUCCAGCGGUGACCAAUGUGGAAUCCAAGGAACCAAAGCCUGGGCCAAGCACGGUUCACCGAGAAGCUGACUUCUUCUGGAGCUUGUGCACUGCUAGUGUGUCCCUGCUGGAGCAGGCCUCUAGCUCACCCUCCUUGUACCUGCAGUGCCUCUCUCAGAAGCUGGAGCGAGAAAGAAAACGCCCACUUCUGGAUCUCCACCUUGACCUCAACCGCAAAGUGUAUGAUUGGAACAGCAGAGUUUCUGCCAAGGAAAAGUACUGCCUCCUUUUGCAACACACCCUGAGAAAGAAACUCAUCCUGUCUCCCACAUGAAAACCCCAAACCUUUCUUCACCUGGAGGUCUCCAUCUCUAGAGAGAGAGUGGUUUUCAAGCAUGCAUGCAUGUGAAUGGUAUGUGGAAUAAGAUACUGCACAAUGCUGUACAAUGAGGAAUGCUUGACUGGAAGUGGGGUUUGAACUGUCUGAGAAGAAAGUAUCGGCAUCUGUUGCUGAAAGAGCUGACCAGGUCAGCCUUGGGAGGGAAAAGCUUCAAAACAACAGUUGAGCACUGUUGAAUUGGGCAAGUACCAAUCAAGUGAACCCAAGAUACAGAGAUCAGCUUAAUUAACCUGUGUAUAUCCAUACUCCAUCUUAAAAAGUAAAAUGCAAAUGCAGAUUGAGGAAAUCAGAACACCACAAACAGGGUCUUGCCUUCUAGAAACAACCACAGUUAACCAAAACUUUGUGUAUCACCUGGCAAAUUUUUUUCCUGCUCCCAAGAUUUAAGUAAGAGAGAGGUUAUCUUAGUCCAUUUGGGCAACUACAUCAAAUGAUCAUAGACUUGGUAGCUUAAACAGCACACAUUUAUUUCUUACAGUUCUAGAGGCUAGCAAAUCCAAGGUGCUGUCAGAUCCUGUGUCUGGUGAGGGCCUUCUUGGUUUUCAGAGAGCUAUCUUCUGUUCUCAAAUGGCAGAAAGAGAGGGAGGGAUUGGGGAGGAAGAGGGACAGAGAGAGAAACUUACAAUACACCUUCCUGUCUGUUAUUGUUUAGUGAGUGGGGGACUCCUGCAGUUAUCUUUAUAUUUACUUUGCUUAGGGGCAUCAGGAGGAAAUACUGUGUCUGUGUGGCCCUGUGAACCAGCA